AUGGGUGUCAAAGAGAUUCGCACUGCCCUGAAAGUUGACUUGAAUAAGCACGCCCGUGAUCAGCCGGGUCUCCAUAACAGAUGGCAUCCUGACAUUCCCGCGUGCGGCAAGAUUGCCAAUGGAGAAGUGGUCAAGAUUGAAUGUCUAGACUGGACCGGCGGACAGAUCAAGAACGACGAUUCGGCCGAGGAUGUCAGGACAGUUGACCUGACAGAGAUUCAUUAUCUGUCGGGUCCCUUUGACGUUGAGACUGCUGAGCCGGGCGAUGUCCUGGUGGUGGAAAUCCAAGAUGUGCAACCGUUCCAAGACCAGCCAUGGGGAUUUACUGGUGUCUUUGCGAAAGAGAACGGAGGUGGAUUUUUGGAUGAGAUCUAUCCCAAGGCUGCGAAAGCAAUCUGGGAUUUUGAGGGUAUCUUCUGUUCGAGCCGACAUAUCCCCGGUGUCCGGUUCGCUGGUUUGAUUCAUCCUGGCAUUCUUGGUUGUGCUCCCUCAGCCGAGGUAUUGGCUGAAUGGAAUCGGCGGGAGGGAGAGCUCAUCGCGGCAAACACUGUCGAGGACCGAAUUGUGGCCCAGCCCCCGCAGCCUCAUAAUGCCCACGCCGGAAAUGCCACCGAGGAUGUCAAGGAGAAGGUAGCAAAGGAGGGAGCCAGGACCAUUCCUGGCCGGCCUGAACAUGGCGGUAAUUGUGACAUCAAGAACCUCUCUCGCGGGUCCAAGGUGUAUCUACCGGUUCACGUCCCAGGUGCGAAAUUUUCCGUUGGUGAUUUGCACUUUUCUCAGGGAGAUGGAGAGAUAUCCUUCUGUGGUGCUAUCGAGAUGGCCGGGGUCAUCACCCUCAAAUUCUCGGUGAUCAAGAACGGCAUGGCGAAGAUGGGAAUGAAGUCCCCCAUCUUCUUGCCCGGUCCAGUUGAACCUCAAUUUGGACCUGGGCGCUAUCUCACUUUUGAAGGCUUUUCUGUGGACGAGAAUGGCAAGCAGCACUACCUUGACGCUACCGUCGCCUACAGACAGACCUGCCUGCGCGUUAUCGAGUACCUGAGACGGUACGGGUACUCGGACUACCAGAUCUAUCUGUUGCUCUCGUGUGCACCUAUCCAGGGACAUAUUGCUGGAAUUGUGGACAUUCCCAACGCAUGUACCACCCUCGGAGUGCCGAUAGAUAUCUUUGACUUUGACAUCAGACCAGAGGCGGAGGUUGUGAAGCGGGAUCUGGGAAGCUGCGCCUUUGCUAGUGAAUGA